GGAGGAGGUCUGUGUCUGAGAGACCGCUGAGUGAGUGAGUCGCCACAUCUGUCAGACUCGCACCUGGAUUUCAGCGGCAUGUCUUUUUCACAUUUUACUUUCCAAAUGACGGAGCUUUCUGCCGUGUGAAUGACAAGAAAAUAAACAAAACCAUGUCGGAGGUCCGGAAAUUCACAAAGAGGCUGAGUAAGCCUGGGACGGCAGCGGAGCUGAGGCAGAGUGUGUCGGAGGCAGUGCGCUCCUCUGUGGCUGUGGAACAAGCCAAGAUCAUUGAGCCACUGGACUACGAGAAUGUGGUAUUCCAAAGGAAAGCCCAGAUCCACAGUGAUCCUCAGAGAGACCUGCUGCUGUGGCCUGCUGAUGACGUCUCUGUGUCCCAGAUUGAUCGUCAGAGAAGAACAACCGUCUCGUCAGUUCCUCAGAAUGCUGAGAAGGAAGCUAACAGUCUGUUUGCCAAGGAGUGCAUCAAAAUGUACAACACAGACUGCCAUGUGGUCAACUACAAUUACGAGGCCUACUCGGGAUGCUUCCGCAUGCUGCCCUGCAAAGGGUCUAAGACUGAGAAGCUACCGUCCCACAUGUUUGAAGUUGACGAGGGAGAGGAGGACUCUUCAUCGCUCUGCUCUCAGAAAGGAGGUGUGAUGAAACAGGGUUGGCUCCAGAAAGCCAACAUCAACAGCAGCCUUUCUGUGUCAAUGAAGGUGUUCAAGCGGAGGUAUUUUUACUUGUCUCAGCUCCCUGAUGGUUCAUACAUUCUCAAUUCCUACAAGGAUGAGAAGAACUGUAAAGAAACCAAAGGUUCCAUCUACUUGGACUCAUGUAUCGAUGUGGUUCAGUGUCCUAAAAUGCGGCGGAAUGGCUUUGAGCUAAAGAUGCAGGAGCGCUACAGUCACUAUCUGGCUGCAGACAGUGAGGCUGAGAUGGAAGACUGGGUGAACACACUGAAACUCGCUUUACAGAGUGCCUCAGAGGACAGGAGGAACGGAACUGACUCUUCUGACUGUGCUUUAGAUGAAGACACUGGUAGCCAGGGGAAACCAGAGAGCACUGUAGAGAAUUUUGGACGGAGUCUCCAUCCAGAGCUUAUGAAGUAUGCCAGAGAAACAGACCAACUCAAUAAAAUCAACAGGAAUGAAUGUCGGCAGAAGAUCCUUUCUCUGGAUCCUGAGACUCAGAGGCUGGAUUUCUCAGGAAUUGAGCCAGAUGUGAAGAUGUUUGAGGAACGCUUUGGACGGCGUUUCAUGGUUAGCUGCCAUGACCUGACCUUCAGCCUGCAAGGUUGUGUCAGUGAGAAAAAUGAUGGAGUUCUGACCAAUGUGGAGCCUUUCUUCAUCACUCUGGCUUUAUUUGAUGUGGCCAAAGGUUGCAAGAUCUCAGGAGACUUCCAUGUGGACCUAAACCCAGCGUGUGUAAGAGAGAUGCUGACAGAGGGACCUCCUCAGACACCCACAGAGACUGACGGAGGAGAGGUGGGGGACGCAGGCAAAGUCAAGGGCCUACCUAUUAUUCAGAGGGUCUCCGAGUCUCUUCUGCGCUUUCCAACCCAAGGCGUCUUCUCUGUGACUGUCCCCAACACAGACAUCUUUCUGGUGGCCCGGGUAGAGAAGGUCCUACAGAAUGGCAUCACUCACUGUGCUGAACCCUACAUUAAGACAUCAGACAUGAGCAAGACAGUUCAGAAAGUACUGAAGACAGCCAAGCAGACAUGUCAGCGGCUUGGCCAAUACAGGAUGCCCUUUGCCUGGGCUGCCAAGCAGGUAUUUAAAGAUACCCAGGGCAGUUUGGACAUGGAUGGAAAGUUCUCCCCUCUGUACCGCCAGGACAGUAGUAAGAUCUCUAUGGAAGACCUCAUCAAGCUACUGACUGACAUCAGGAAACCAGAAAAAAGCAAGUUGCAGAUAAUUCCAGGGCAACUGAACAUCACUAUCGAGUGUGUGCCUCCGGACAUGUCAAAUUCAGUCACCUCAUCCUACAUCCCAGUAAAGCCCUUUGACGAGCAAUGUGAGAAAGUCUCUGUGGAAGUGGAAGAGUUUGUACCAGAAGAGGCUAAGUACAAUCACCCUUUCACCAUCUAUAAGAACCACCUCUACAUCUACCCCCAGCAGCUCAAAUAUGAAAACCAGAAAACCUUUGCCAAGGCACGGAACAUUGCUGUGUGCGUUCAGUUCAGAGAUUCAGAUGAGGAGGGAGCAAGUCCAAUGAAGUGUAUCUACGGCAAGCCAGGGGGGCCACUCUUCACCACUAGUGCUUUUGCUGCUGUGUUGCAUCAUAACCAAAGCCCAGAAUUUUAUGAUGAGAUUAAAAUCGAGUUGCCAGUCCACGUUCAUGAGAAGCACCACAUUCUCUUCACAUUCUACCACAUCAGCUGUGAGCUCAGCAACAAAGCCAGUUCCAAGAAGCGAGAGGGAGUGGAAACACUGGUGGGAUAUGCAUGGAGUCCUUUGCUCAAGGAUGGGAGGAUACAGUUUUCAGAUCUACAGCUUCCUGUUUCUGCAAAUUUACCUGCUGGCUACCUUUAUGACAAGAACCAAGACUCCAAAAAGUCAUCACCGGACAUCAAAUGGGUGGAGAAUGCCAAGCCCCUGUUCAAAGUGAAAACCUAUGCAGCGUCAACAAUUUACACUCAGGAUUCGCACCUCCAGAAUUUCUUCCAGUACUGCCAGCUGAUGAGGUCCGCAUCAGAGGGGAGCUCAGCAGAGCUCAUCAAAUACCUAAAGUGCCUGCAUGCUGUGGAGACUCAGGUCAUCAUUAAGUUCCUGCCCACUGUGCUGGUGCAGCUCUUCCAGGUUCUCACUAUGGCAAGCAAAGAGCCUCAAGAGAUCGCAGUUAACACCACACGUGUAAUCAUUCACAUUGUAUCCCAGUGUCACGAAGAGGGACUGGAGCACUACUUGCGCUCUUUUCUUAAGUACGUAUUUCUCACAAACAACCCAGCACCAGGGAACUCAGUGACCACGCAUGAGGUUUUAACAAUGACAGUGACUGCCAUUCUCAAACAGACUGCAGACUUCAACACCUGUAACAAGUUAUUGAAGUACUCCUGGUUCUUCUUUGAAGCAAUGGGCAAAUCAAUGGCACAGUACCUCCAAGAAGGCAACCGUAUGAAAAUGCCUCGAGCUCAGAGGUUUCCAGAUUCCUUCCAUCAGGCACUGCAGUGUCUACUGCUCUCCAUCAUGCCUCACAUUACUAUACGCUAUGUGGAGAUCCCUGAUGAGGCCCGCUGUGUCAACAUCAGCCUGGCCAACUUCAUUAAGCGUUGCCUGACAUUCAUGAAUAGAGGAUUUGCUUUUAGUCUCGUAAAUGACUACAUGUGUGGAUUCAGCCAGAAGGACCCCAAGGUUUUGACAGAAAUGAAGUUCUACUUCCUCAUGACAGUGUGCAAUCACGAGCACUACAUUCCACUCAACCUUCCCAUGGCCUUUGGUCGAACUAAGUUACAGAGAGUCCAGGAUUUUAUUUCAUACGCGGCGGAGUAUUUUGGCGUCUUAGACCAGAGUCUGGAGUACAGCCUUACUGAGGACUACUGCAGGAACCAUUUUCUGGUGGGGCUGCUAUUGCGAGAAGUGGCGGAGGGCCUGCAGGGCAGUCCAGAGAUCAAGCAACUGGCUGUGGCCGUUCUAAAGAACCUGAUAAUUAAGCACAGCAUGGACGACAGAUACACAAUGUAUAAGAAUCAGCAGGCCCGUAUCUGCAUGCUGUACCUGCCCCUCUUUGAGCUGCUGUACCAGAACUUGAAUCAGCUGACUGCACAAAAACAACCCUCCCGAUCUGGCUUUGGCCUCAUGUGCAGAGACGACCUGUCCAUGACGGGCUCAAUAGACACUCGCAGAGCCAGUGCUGCCAUAGACAAGGAACAGACUGGGGUCAUCACCCAAAACGGACACGUAAGAAGAGAAGACUCAAGAGGCUCUAUGUAUGGGGACCCUGGCACACCAGAUAUUAAUGAGUUACACAGACGUGGAUCCACAAUGAGUACCCUUCCAUCUAUAGGGCGGCUCGGGCAUUAUGAAGUAAAAGGACUGCUGCUAUGUUUCCUACACAUUGUAAGGACAGUGUCAGAGGAUACCCUGCUGGCUUAUUGGAACAAAGUGAAUCCACAGGACAUUAUGAAUUUCCUCAGUCUACUCGAGAUUUGUCUUGUCCGGUUUCGUUACGCUGGCAAGAGGAACAUCAGUAGGUGUCAGGAGUCCUGGGUGUCCAAAGUCUUCACCUCGGACAGAAAGUCUCAGACUAUGCCGGUGAUGCGUGGGCGGUCCAGCCUGAUGCAGGCCAGCCUGCAGCAAUUCAGCACCAUGGAGGCCUCUCACACUCUCAAUAUGGGUGGGGGUCCCACAGAAGCAGAGAUUAACCACCAGGCCCUCUUAGAAGGCAACAUCUCCACAGAGGCUUGCCUCAUUGUCUUGGACACUCUUUCUCUUUUCACUCAGAACUUCAAGAAUCAGCUGCUGGACUGUGAUGGUCACAACAAUCUAAUGAAGAAAGUGUUCGACAUUUACCUCACCUUUCUAAAAAUGGGACAAUCAGAGGUGUCAAUCAAACACGUGUUUGCCUCUCUACGAGCCUUCAUCACCAAGUUUCAGGUAGCUCUCUUCAAGGGCCAUGUGACCUUAUGUGGCUCGCUGUGUUACGAAGUGCUGAAGUGCUGCAUGUCCAAACUGGGAAUCCUGCGUGGGGAGGCAGCCGGUCUGCUCUACCUCCUCAUGAAGAACAACUUUGAGUACACCAAGAGGAAGAGCUUUUUGCGCAUGCACCUACAGAUCAUAAUUGCAGUGAGCCAGCUAAUUGCAGACGUGGCACUGACAGGCAGCUCACGCUUCCAGGAGUCUCUGUCCAUCAUCAACAACUUUGCCAACAGUGACAAAACCAUGAAGGCUACAUCAUUCCCUGGAGAAGUAAAAGGCCUAACUAAACGCAUCCGCACAGUUCUGAUGGCCACUGCUCAGAUGCGUGAGCAUGAGAAAGACCCAGAGAUGCUGCUGGACCUCCAGUACAGCCUGGCCCGCUCUUACGCUAGCACUCCUGAGCUCAGACGAACCUGGCUGGACAGCAUGGCUCGCGCUCACCUCAAGAACGGAGAUUUCUCUGAGGCGGCUAUGUGUUAUGUCCACAUUGCAGCAUUGGUGGCAGAGUAUUUGCACAGGAAAAAACUGUUCUCGACUGGACUGGCAGCAUUUAAGAAGAUUACCUUCAACAUAGAAGAGGAGGCUGCCAUGAAGGAAGACUCAGGCAUGCAAGAUGUGUACUACACUGAGGAUGUUCUGGUAGAGCAGCUAGAGGUGUGUGUUGAGGGCCUUUGGAAAGCUGAGCGGUUUGAGCUCAUCACACACAUUGCCAGACUCGUCAUCCCAGUCUAUGAAAAGCGCCAUGAGUUUGAGAAGCUGAGACGGUUGUACGAUACCCUACAGAGAGCCUACUCUAAGAUCUUAGAGGUGAUGCAGACUGGUCGCCGUCUACUGGGAACCUACUUCAGAGUGGCCUUCUAUGGGCAGGGCUUCUUUGAAGAGGAAGAUGGAAAAGAAUACAUCUACAAAGAGCCAAAACUCACUGGCCUGUCAGAAAUUUCUCAUCGUCUGCUCAGCCUUUAUGGGGACAAGUUUGGUGCAGAGAAUGUCAAAAUCAUCCAGGACUCUAACAAGGUAAACCAGAAAGAUCUGGAUCCAAAGUUCGCCUACAUACAGGUCACAUUUGUCAAGCCUUACUUUGACGAGAAAGAGCUGGCUGAGAGAAAGACUGACUUUGAGAAGUGUCACAACAUCAACCGCUUUGUUUUCGAAACACCGUACACACUCACAGGGAAAAAGCAUGGUGGGGUUGAGGAGCAGUGCAAGAGACGAACGAUUCUCACGACGGCAAACACCUUCCCCUAUGUGAAGAAGCGCAUAGAGGUGGUCGGCGAGAAGCAUUUGGAGAUGAAGCCCAUUGAUGUGGCCAUCGAUGAAAUGAGAGAACGCAGUACUGAACUCAAUAAACUUUGCUCAAACCAGGAGGUGGACAUGAUCCAGCUGCAGCUAAAACUGCAGGGCUGUGUCAGCGUGCAGGUCAAUGCUGGUCCCAUGGCCUAUGCCAGAGCUUUCCUGGAUGAGUCCAAAUCUGGCCAGUCCAGUAAGAAAGUGAAGGAGCUCAAAGAGAUAUUCAGGAGGUUUGUUCAGUCAUGCAGCAUGGCUUUAGAUAUUAAUGAGCGGCUCAUCAAGGAAGACCAGUAUGAGUAUCAUGAGGGACUGAAGGGCAACUUCAAGAGUAUGGUCAAGGAGCUGUCUGAUAUUAUUCAUGAACAGAUAUUCGAGGAGGAUGAGAUGCGUUCCCUCUUGCAGAACUCUCUACAUGUGUUCCGUGCCAUCAGCGGAACUUCCUCUAACUUCAGCUAAAACCCUCUUCCUGCUGAAGACCCCUACCCAUAUUUUACCUACUUCCCACAUGCCUGAAUGUAUGGAACAGCUUAAACCUUAAGCAUCCUGCACCAUGUUCCUCUGGCUCAAGAUGUUGCUAGAGUGUCUGUCCUUUAAGAAAGUGCCAUGUUGUUGCAAUCGACCAUUGCUGUUUCAUUUCAAAUUGACAUGUUCAGUCCAUCAUUACGUUCAGCCUGACGGAUCAAAUCUGAGCAUCAUGUUCACUCAACUCCCCAAACAUUCAAUAGAUGGCCUUUAAUGUUUAAAACUACUUGUUGUGCAACAAAGCCACCAUCUGAUUAUCCAAAUAUAUUUGCUUUUUUUUUUUUUGUAAACAGUGUUCAUAAUGUGAGUUGUUGUUUUAAAAGACAGUAUGUCUGUUAAAGUUGGAGAGGGUAUGGAUUCUAAAUUGUAGUGCAAGGGUUUAAUAAAACAAAUGCAAUUUAUUCAGUCACUGA